CGUGGAUCUCUGUUGUCUCCUCCGUGUCACAAGGCUGCAGAGGGCAUCCGAGCAAACUUUGAAUGCAACGAUUGUUUAAACUCUUGACUCACCUGACUAUGCAACGCCUGAUGUAUUGACAGAGAAGGGAAGGGGCGUCGUUGUUGCACUUCUGACAGAAUGAAGACGAGAGAGGUGAAGAUUAUGAACCAGGGCCUGGAGGAUGAGAUGGAGGUGUGGGGGUACCAGCCCUGUCUGUGGAAGAUGAUCCUGGUGGGUGUAGGCGCCGUGUGCUCUGGGGGUCUCCUGCUGCUGGUGCUCUACUGGCUGCCUGAGUGGGGCGUCAAGGGCACCUGCACACACACCUCGCUGAGGGACGCACACACACUGCUGCUCAGGACCACGGAUGAGUUCAAGCAGUGGUUUCGAGCCCAAGUACAUGUGAUGUUGGCUCCAGGGAAAAAACCCUUUGACAGUCUGGAUCUGCAGUCCCUGGCUCAGCUGCCGAAUGGGGACGGAGACCACAGCAUGAGUGCUGCGCAUGAGGAGCAUCGUGGGAAAUUUGCCUGCAGACAGCCUGUUCAGAUCCAGUACUUCACCCACCACAGCACUAAAUACUACUGGAAUGAUAUGAUACAGAACUUUGAAUUGUAUAAAGGCUUGGAGGAUGUGAAGGUGAGCUGUGCAAGCAUCCACUCUGACCACAGCUCUGGACUUUCUAAAACGCUGCAGGACUACAGGGCGUUGUUUUUCGGAGAGAAUGAGAUUGCUGUAAGAGUGCCUUCUCUAUUCAAGCUCCUCAUAAAGGAAGUCUUGAAUCCUUUCUACAUCUUCCAGCUCUUCAGUGUUGUCCUGUGGAGUGCUGAGGACUACUACUAUUAUGCUACAGCCAUCAUUUUCAUGUCCGUCAUUUCAAUAGCUACCUCACUAUAUACCAUUAAAAAGCAAUAUGUGAUGCUACAUGACAUGGUGGCAGCUCACAGCGUGCUCCGUGUUUCAGUGUGCAGAGGAAAUAAAGAUAUUGAACAGGCCAUGUCAACAGAGCUUGUGCCGGGUGAUGUCAUCAUUAUUCCAGCCAAUGGGAUGAUCAUGCCCUGCGACGCUGUGCUCAUCCAUGGAACCUGCAUCGUAAACGAGAGCAUGCUGACAGGAGAGAGCGUGCCAGUUACCAAGACAAGUCUGCCUAGUUCCGGCGAAGAGGCAGCCAGGAGCUAUGAUAUGGAGGAGCACAAGAGGCACACCCUGUUCUGUGGUACCCACGUUAUCCAGACCCGCUUCUACGCUGGUGAACUGGUGAAGGCUGUUGUGGUCAGAACAGGCUUCAGUACAGAGAAAGGCCAACUGGUGCGCUCCAUCCUCUACCCUAAACCCACCGACUUCAAGCUGUACCGCGAUGCCUACCUGUUCUUGUUGUGUCUGGUGGGGGUGGCAGGGAUCGGCUUCAUCUACACCAUCGUCCUCAGUAUCAUGAACAAGGUUCCAGCUAAAACCAUCAUCACUGAAUCUCUGGACAUCAUCACCAUCACUGUGCCCCCGGCCUUACCGGCAGCCAUGACAGUUGGUAUUGUGUAUGCGCAGCGGCGUCUGAAGCGCGUUGGUAUCUUUUGCAUCAGUCCUCAGAGGAUCAACAUGUGUGGUCAACUUAACCUGAUUUGCUUUGACAAGACUGGUACUCUGACUGAGGAUGGUUUGGACCUGUGGGGUAUUCAGAGAGCUGAAGAUGGCAGCUUUUCUCCCCCAGAGUCUGAUGCAGCUAAAGAAAGUCUGAUUAACACUGUGUUUGUGGCCUGCAUGGCUGCCUGCCACUCACUGACCAAGAUAGAGGGCGAGCUCUCCGGAGACCCUUUAGACCUGAAGAUGUUUAGCGCUACAGGCUGGGUCCUAGAAGAGCCCACAGAGGAAGAGACUGCCCUCCACAAUCCCAUAAUGCCCACAGUUGUGCGACCUCCAAAGCACAACGUCCCUGAAGCCAAUCAGAACAAUCCACUAACUCAGAACAUGGAGCUAUCUGAAUUAUCAUCCUGUGAGAUUGGUAUUGUGCGUCAGUUCCCCUUCUCCUCGGCCCUGCAGAGGAUGAGUGUGGUGGUCAGGAGGUUGGGGGAAAAACACAUGGACGCUUACUUGAAAGGAGCACCGGAGGUUGUGGCCAGCCUCUGCAAACAGCACACAGUCCCACAGAGCUUCACAGAAACUCUGGAGACCUACACCAGGCAGGGCUUCAGGGUUAUUGCCCUGGCACAUCGACAGCUGGAGUCCAAACUCUCCUGGCACAAAGUCCAGAGCCUUAGCAGGGACCUGAUAGAAACCAACAUGGAGUUCCUUGGUUUGAUCAUCAUGCAGAAUAAAAUAAAAGAGGAGACUGCCGGGGUUUUACGUGAAUUACGACAAGCUAACAUCUGCACGUUGAUGGUCACAGGCGACAACAUGUUGACGGCGAUAUCAGUGGCUCGAGAUUGUGGGAUGGUCCGUGCACAUGAGAGGGUCAUUAUAGCAGAUGCUCUACCUCCUAAGGAUUUCCACCCUGCUAGUAUCACAUGGCAUUACACUGAAAACCCCACUCAGACCAUCAAGGACAAUCAGACGGUGGAGGUAAACCUGGAGGAGGGGGUAUAUGACAACCAAGUUAUACAGCAGGAUCAAAGCUAUCACUUCGCUGUGAGCGGCAGAGCCUUCGCUGUUAUCACUGAGCACUUCCCUCAACUCGUCCAAAAGCUCGUGCUGAGAGCCACUGUGUUUGCCCGCAUGGCUCCGGACCAGAAGACUCAGCUGGUGGAAGUCCUGCAGAGCAUCGACUACACUGUUGGAAUGUGUGGUGAUGGCGCUAAUGACUGUGGUGCUUUGAAGAGAGCUCACAGUGGGAUCUCUCUGUCUGAGCUGGAGGCUUCUGUCGCUUCACCCUUCACCUCCUCCACCUCAAACAUCUCCUGUGUCCCCAACCUUAUCAGGGAGGGUCGAGCUGCCCUCAUAACAUCAUUCUGCGUGUUCAAGUUCAUGGCUCUUUACAGCAUCAUCCAGUACCUCAGUGUCACGCUGCUCUACUCGAUUCUCAGCAACUUGGGAGACUUCCAGUUCCUCUUCAUUGACAUCGCCAUCAUUCUCAUCAUUGCCUUCACAAUGAGUCUGAACCCGGCGUGGAAGGAGCUGGUGUGGCGCCGCCCGCCAUCCAGUCUGAUCUCUGGCCCGCUGCUCUGCUCAGUUCUGACCCAGAUUCUCACCUGCGCGGUCUUCCAGGUCCUGGCUUUCUUCUUAGUACGACAGCAGAGCUGGUAUGAGACAUGGACACCUCAGUCAGAUGCCUGUAAUGUUUCCAGCUCCAGUCUCUCUCACAGCCUGAACGUAACAACCCCUCGCGACCACAAAAACAUCAGGAACUACGAGAACACCACCCUCUUCUACGUCUCCUCUUUCCAGUAUUUGGCUGUGGCCAUCAUUUUCUCCAAGGGAAAGCCCUUCAGACAGCCAAGCUACAAGAACUGGCCGUUCAUGCUGUCCUGUAUCGGCCUGUAUACUUUUCUUCUCCUCAUCAUGCUGUAUCCUGUUCCCGCCAUCGACAGCUUCCUGGAGUGCUGCUCUGCCUCCACUCAGAUCGUGUGUGUUCCCCAUGACUGGCGCGUUACGCUGGUCAUCAUUGUCAUAGUGAAUGCGGCUGUGUCUUUCAUGCUGGAGAUUUUGAUCCUUGACAUCAUCUUGCGGAGACUAGUUUUCACAUCCACUCAGGGGCGACAUCGCCACACAGAGCCCCGCACUGCUGACACACCUCAGGUGGCCAAUGACCGCUGGGGCUCGUCCUUCCUCUCCUGGUUGUUCUGUCGGAGAAACAAGCCCCCAAGAGUGUGCUACAUGCACCUGGCCCUGAAGCUGCAGGACGACGCCGACUGGCCCCCCAGACCCUCCACUGUCACCUACGCCAGCGAUCCACAAUCCUACAUCUCUGCCCCCCCCCCAACACCAACGUGACCAACAACUACUACUGCACAGACUAAACCUGAAACCCCCAACAAGCCUUUUGUGUUGACUUAGCUCUGGUUGAGCUCAGAGAUGUGACAAAUGCCCUCAGAUGAUGUUUAUAGGAUGUGGAGCUUGCUGGAUGCUCAGCGACCAAUCCAGCAGCCUCAUAGAGGCGAGGCCUCCUAUUGCGACAACUGACUGACACUGUGAACUGCUCAUACACAAAGUUCUCUCCCGUUUUCUCACCUCAUCAGAACGGACAAACACUCUGCACUUGGAUUUGAACCAGGGCCUCUGUUAGAUAAUAAUAGAUCAUCAUUUUGGGAAAUACUGUAUGCUUAUUUGUUUCAUGCAGAGAGUUAAAUGUUAACAUUGAUACCACUCUCAUAUUUGUAUGGUAAAUAUGAAGGUAUUGACAGCAGUCGGUUAGCUUAGCUUAGCACAAAGACUGGAAACGGGGAAACAGCUAACCUGGCUCUGUCCUUAGGUAAAAAUCUUCUAAAGCUCACUAAUUAACACGUUUUAUUUUAUUUGGUUUAAGCCGUACUUAAACCGAAGUGUCAAACUUCACGUUGUGGUUUUACAGGUGGUUAAGUCUCUGCAACCUCAUGGUGAUGACCAGACUACGCUAAGCUAACCGGCUGCUGACUGUAGCUUUAGUUGUAUCAGUCUUUUCAUCGAACUCUCGGCGAGAAAAUGAAAAGCAUAUUUCCCAAAAUGUCAAGCUGUUCCUUUUAAAAAUGACUGGAUGUCUCACUAACUACAUUGUACUCGACUGCCAAUGGCAUACAAAAUGGCAACUACAACACUCAACAUCAUUUAUCGAAUUGUUUAUGAGUGUCAGAUGAGUGUUUUCGUUGUUUUAAACAGUUUUUAUUAUCUGACCCAAUAUUUGAAAAAUUCGAACCAAGUGAGGAGCAUUUUUUUGUCAGUCUGACAGAUCAGAUACAUCAUACAGGUCCAGUAUUCAGCUGUUGUUUUUCUCAGUCAGGGCCGACCGUUUAAGGCCUAAAAGCGCUGCAUGAAUCUUUCCACUUCACUGUGAAUACAGACAUACGGUCUUCCACUAACAGUUUCACAUGAGAGUCUUAUGCCUUUUUGCAAUUUUAUGAACAUAACUAGUACUGUUGUAUUUCUAAGACAGAAAACAUUCCACUGCUACAUUUCUGUCUUAGAGUUGCUUCGGUUGAAGUUCUUCCCGUGGAAGAGAGAAGCAGAAAUUUCUGCGUCCCUUUUUGAAAUUUUAUUGCCAGUGCCGCUGUGUGUGGUUGUGUGAAAGAGAGAGCAAGAGAGCGUGCAAAUUAACCAUUUAUGUGUCCCUUGAAUGCAUUACAAAAUCUUUAUGCUCUUUUUCCUCAAAAUAUGACUUUCUUUCUGAAAGGAAAAAUAAUGACACCAUUUAACAUCACUAUGGUACCGUACAACUGAUAAUGUUUGAAUUAGUUAGUUAAAGCAAUUAAAUGAAUCAAAACGAAUCAUUGCUGCUGUGACAAUUUUAUAACAGUUGAUUUUAACGAUUUUUAUAUAAUAUUUUUAUGUAACUGUAUACAGCUGUUGUAUACAUAUUUUUUUAGUCAAGGUUAAAAAUGAAAUAAAUGUGAAAAAAUAUGAGAAUUAGUCACCUAAAUCUCCCCUUUAUUGUAUGUUUUUGAAAAUUGUAAUACAGUAUUUGUACUUAUUUUCUUAUCUCUACAAUGUGACAAAAAUGUUUCCGUGUCUGUCAACGAAUAUCCCUGUUUGCUCAGCAGAACUCCCAUUACAUUUCCCAAUAAAUCUGUAUAUUAAGCCA